CCUGAACUCCUGAACAAUUAUCAUCUUGUGUUUAUUUAUUUUGUCAUCAUUAUCACAAGCCUAGUUGCCUAAUAACAGUAACCCAGUAAAACCCGUAGACAAUGGGUUAUUGGUAUUUUUGUACCGUUGUAUGUGCUUUUUGAUUCCUUAGCAACUCGGCAGGUUCCGAUUUGACUGUUUUGAGUACAUAAUCUUUCAGAGAAUUAUUCUGUUCCUUGGUGCCUUGCUUUUCUCUAAGGCAUUUGGAGUUCUUUCAAUAUUGCAAAUAAUCCAGUACCAGUAUGGAGCCAAAAACUGAUUUUGAACCAGCUGAUAGGCCUUGCAUAAAGUCGGAAGAAACUUAUCCUGACUAUGUAGCAGUUUAUGAUAGCGUGCAACAUGAACACUGGGAUGGAGUUAACGAGGUGAAAACAGAAAAUCCGAUAUUCAUAGAAGUUAAAUCUGAAAUACCAGGCACAGAACAGACUGUGAACAACAUGAAGCUUGAAUAUAUGGACACUUUGACACCGAAGGAAGAGCUUGACGUAUUUGAAUACGAUGAAGAUCCCUUAUCUGAUUCCAGAUGGGAUAGCAAACUCGGCGAGUUUCAAAGUGUCACAGAUGAAAAUUGGGAUGGAGUUAACCAGGCGAAAACGGAGAAUCAGUUAGCAAUCGAGGUCAAAUCCGAAAAACCGGAUAGAGAACGAUCUAUGGACAACAUGAUGUUUGAAAACAUGAACACUUCAACGCGGAACGAGGAGUUUGAAAUCAAAUACGAAUAUGAUGAAGAUGCCGGAUCUGAUUCAACAUGGGAUAGAAUCAAAGCUGAACAGAAAUUAGAACCUGUGCUUGAAGGUGAUUGGAGAGCAGAACCUGUUGACCAGACGAAAAUGGAGUUUCAAGAGUUUGAAAAACUGGAGGAAAAACCACCUCUGAAUUUUGAAAAUACGGACGCAUUGGAGCUGCAUCAGGAAUUUGACAUUAAAACUGAGAGUGACCAAAAUGACGGACAUGAGAGUGUUCAAAUGAAAAAGUCCAAAAUUGAACACAGAUAUUCACAGAUCCAAGAAGAAAAACAGUUGUUUAGCUGCUAUAUUUGUAACUAUAGCAAUCGUUCUAAGAGAGGUUUAAUCAUCCAUAUCAAAAGAAAUAAUUGCUAUUUAGGAUCGAGUUUGGGAAAAUCAAAAUCUGUUUCCAGGAGCCUGUACCAACUGAAUAAAUAUGUUUGUAUGAAAUGUGAUGAGGUAUUCAAAAGCAAAAUGUUACUAGAUAAUCAUGUGAUUAGAAAACAUGUCGAAUAUAUUGCCUCAGUUUCAUCUAAAAUACAUCAUUGUACAUUCUGUGAUUACAAAACCGUUAUUAAACGUUAUUUAACCGGGCAUAUGAUAAGACAUACUAAUACCAAAGUUUCUGAUUUGCACUUCUGCAAACAUUGUAAUAUGGCUUUCAAAGCAAAGCAAUCGCACCUGGACCAUAUUCUCAAUAAACAUCCCAACUUUAGCGGGACUGUUUCUAGAAAGAUAUACGAAUGUGUAGAUUGCCAAUUGAAAACAACCAGAAGGAGCACCUUUAUGAGGCACAUGACAAAACAUAAUAGUCAAAAGCCCUUCGAUUGUAUAAAGUGUGAUGCGUCUUUUAAAACUAAGCAAGGAUUUGAUGACCAUACUUUACAGAAACAUGCGGAGUUAAUCCCUUCUGGGUCACACAAAAUACUGGAAUGUACACAGUGUGAAUAUAAAACUGCAUACACAUACUGCUUAUCUAGGCAUAUCAUGAACCAUACUCGAGCUAAGCUCACGUGUGCAACGUGUGACGCGUCAUUGAUGAACAAAUUUUUGUUGGACAACCACAUUUUACAGAAACAUCCUGAGCUUACUGCUUCUGUGUCUCGUAAGGUACUCGAAUGCACACAAUGUGAAUAUAAAACUACAGUGGCAUACUCCUUAGUUAGGCAUAUCAUGAAGCAUACUCCGGCUAAGCUCACAUGUACAAAGUGCGAUGCGUCAUUUACGAGGAAACCAGCAUUAGACAAUCACAUUUUACGGAAACAUCCUGAAUUUACUACUUCUGUGUCUCGUAAGAUACACGAAUGUACACACUGUGAAUAUAAAACUACAUACGUCCGCUGUUUAGCUAUGCAUAUGAUGAGACAUACUGGAGCUAAGCUCCCGUGUACAAAGUGCGAUGCGGUGUUUGCGUCUAAACGGUCAUUAGACCACCACAUUUUACGGCAACAUCCCGAGUCUGCUGCUGUUGUGUCUACUAAGACACAUAAUUGUACAUAUUGUGAAUUUAAAACUACAAAAGCGAUAUAUUUGGCUGGACAUAUGAUUAAACAUACGGGAGGUAAUGUCACGUGUACAAAGUGUGAUGCGUCAUUUGCAAGCAAACAAUCGUUAGACAACCACAUUUUACAAAAACAUCCAGAGUUGACUGCUUCUGUGUCUCAUAAGAUACAUAAAUGUACAUAUUGUCAAUAUAAAACUGUAUAUGCAAGUGCUUUAUAUAAUCAUACGACGAAACAUACUGGAGCCAAGUACACGUGUACAAAGUGUGAUGCGUCAUUUAUAUAUAAGCGGACAUUAGAUAAUCACAUGUUACAGAAGCACCCCGAGUUUACUGCAUCCGUAUCUAGUAAGAUACAUGAAUGUACACAUUGUGGAUAUAAAACUACUCACGUUCAGCAUUUAGCUGACCAUAUCGUGAAACAUACUGGAGUUAAAUUUUCGUGUGCAAAGUGUGACGCGUUAUUUAUGUGUAAACGAACAUUAGACUACCACAUUUCGCGAAAACAUCACGAGUUGACUGGUUUUGGGUCUUUUAGUAGUAGUAAAAAGCCGCAGUCUAGCGACUAAGCCACCUUUGACCCUUUUUACUACUCCACAAGCCAUCUGCUCAUAUCUGAUUAUUGAAUAAACCAGCUGCUCCACCUAUGAUGAUCUAGCACCGAUUUGGUGCGUGACGUAUUUUAACCAAGUUCGUUGGCAACAUCGAGUUCGGUUCGGUUGGGGGUUUACUUCUUCUAACCUCAUAAGUCCUGUUCGCACAGCAGUCGCCAAACCGUCAGUGACCGUGUCCAAGGCCAAGCCACAAAAUCACGUUCACUCUGUUACUCUAGUAUACACGGAAGUCGGACCGCUAUACAAAGUCACCGACCACUGUACGAGCAAACUUUUAAAGUUGAACAAAAACGAUCAACCAGCUCUCGCUCUCGCAGAUCCAUGAUCCGCACUAGCUAAUGUUAUGAAUGAAUAUAUAUUUUUAUUAUUUAGUAUUUAUUUAUGUGGAAUCGGCGUAUAUAUUUCUUAAUGUCACAUAUAUGUUAUGCUUUAAUUGUUUGAGGAUGAUGUGAUCUCACGAUUUUUUCCAGCAC